CACCCAUUAUCCUCUUUGGAGUCAUAAUUCAUCUCCUUGCAAUUGGACUGGUGUCCUAUGUGACAAGAAUAACCAGAGAGUGGUUGGCCUUGAUCUUUCAGGCUUUGGACUAUCAGGUAACUUAAGUCCUUAUAUAGGCAACAUGUCCUCUCUUCGGUCCCUCCAAUUGCAGGAUAACCAGAUCACAGGAUUCAUUCCUAACCAAAUUAUCAAACUAUAUAGUUUGAGAGUUCUAAAUAUGAGCUCUAACAGAUUUGAAGGAGUACUCUCUUCAAACCUUACCAACCUAAAUGAGCUUCGGGUUCUUGAUUUGUCCUCAAACAAGAUUGUAAGCAGAAUUCCCGAAGACAUCAGCAGCUUGAAAAAGCUACAUGCCUUGAAACUUGGAAGGAAUAACCUCUAUGGUACAAUUCCAGCAACUCUAGGAAAUAUUUCUUCUUUGAAAAACAUAAGUUUUGGCACCAACUUUCUUCAUGGUUGGAUUCCAAGUGACUUAGGUAGGCUACAUAAUUUAAUUGAGCUUGAUCUCACUAUUAACAAUCUUACUGGGACUGUUCCAUCUGUUGUAUACAACUUGUCUUCCCUUGUUAACUUGGCCUUAGCUGCAAACUCCUUUUGGGGUGAGAUACCUUACAAUGUUGGCCAUAAACUUCCAAAACUACUAAUUUUCAAUUUCUGCUUCAAUAAGUUCACAGGUAGAAUUCCAGGGUCUCUGCACAACCUCACCAAUAUUAGGGUUAUUCGCAUGCUCUCUAACCAUUUGGAAGGAACAGUUCCACCUGGUUUGGGAAAUCUCCCAUUUCUUCAAUUGUAUAAUAUUGGAAAUAACAGGAUAAUCACCUCGGGAGUCAAAGGUUUGGAGUUCAUUACUUCAUUGGCAAACAGCACCCACUUGAACUUUCUAAACAUUCAAGGCAAUAUGCUAGAAGGCGAAAUUCCUGAAACCAUUGGCAAUCUCUCCAAGGAUCUAUCAAUUUUAUACAUGGGAGGGAAUCGUUUCAAUGGAAGUAUACCGUCUUCCAUCAGCCGUCUUAGUGGCUUGAGGAGGCUAAACUUGAGCCACAAUUCAAUUAGUGGAGAGAUUCCAAAGGAGUUAGGCCAGUUAGAGGAACUACAAGAGCUAUAUCUGGCUAGAAAUAAGAUAUCAGGAGCUAUUCCAAAAUCCCUUGGUAAUCUUCUAAAUUUAAACAAGAUUGAUUUGUCAAGAAAUGAACUUGUGGGUAAAAUACCUAUCAGUUUUGGGAAUUUUCAAAAUCUUCUCCACAUGGACUUGUCUAGCAACAAGCUCAAUGGAAACAUACCUGCGGAAAUUCUCAAUCUUCCAACUCUGAGCAUUGUUUUAAACUUAUCUAUGAACAUGUUGAGUGGAAGUGGACCAAUACCUCAUGUUGGGAAAUUGACUACCAUUGCCUCUAUUGACUUUUCCAACAACCAAUUGAAUGGCAGCAUUCCAAGCUCAUUCAGCAGUUGUUUGAGCUUGGAGAAAUUGUUUUUGGCUAGAAAUAUGCUUUCAGGUUCCAUUCCAAAAUCUCUUGGAGAUGUGAGAGCCUUGGAAACUUUAGACUUGUCCUCCAACCUACUCACAGGAUGCAUUCCUGUUGAACUUCAAAAUCUGCACGUCCUUCAGCUUUUAAACCUCUCUUACAAUGAUUUAGAAGGAGCCAUUCCUAGUGGUGGAGUUUUCAAAAAUCUCUCUGAUGUAGACUUUGAAGGAAAUAAAAAAUUAUGCUUGCAUGUUACAUGUGUUCCUCAAGUCCAUAGAAGAAGACAUGUCGUACUUUAUAUCAUAAUAGCUGUUGCAGUAACAUUGGUAGUACUGUGUCUCAAAAUUGGCUUGCUCCUAAAUUACAGAAAGGCGAAGGUAACAGCAACAACAGCAUCUGAACAGCUAAAGCCACAUGCUCGGAUGGUCUCUUAUGAUGAGCUUCGCUUGGCAACUGAGGAGUUCAUCCAAGAAAAUUUAAUAGGAAUUGGGAGUUUUGGAUCAGUGUAUAAAGGCCGUUUAAGUCAGGGAAACACUAUCGCAGUGAAAGUGCUUGACACUCUACGGACAGGUUCUUUAAAGAGUUUCUUUGCAGAGUGUGAAGCUAUGAAGAACUCAAGGCACAUAAAUCUGGUGAAGCUAAUCACGUCAUGCUCUAGUGUUGACUUUAGAAACAAUGAUUUUCUGGCUUUGGUGUAUGAGUAUUUAAGUAAUGGGAGCUUGGAAGAUUGGAUUAAGGGGAGGAGAAAUCAUGCAAAUGGAAAUGGUUUGAACCUUAUGGAGAGAGUGAAUAUAGCUAUAGAUGUUGCUUGUGCAUUAGAUUACCUGCACAAUGAUAGUGAAACUCCUAUUGUGCACUGUGAUCUAAAACCAAGCAAUAUUCUCCUGGAUGAAGAUAUGACUGCAAAGGUUGGAGACUUUGGUUUGGCUAGGUUGCUUAUUCAAAGAUCAACUGAUCAAGUUUCUAUCAGCUCCACUCAUGUUCUUAGGGGUUCAAUUGGUUACAUACCUCCAGAGUAUGGAUGGGGAGAGAAACCAUCUGCAGCAGGAGAUGUAUAUAGUUUUGGGAUAGUGUUACUAGAGCUCUUCUCUGGAAAAAGUCCACAAGAUGAUUGCUUCACAGGAGGCCUGAGCAUAACAAAAUGGGUGCAAUAUAACAAGUGUGUUCAAGUCAUUGACGCUCAUUUGCUAUCUCUCAUUUUACAUGAUGAUCCUGCUAGAGAAGACUCUAAUCUACAACUCAUUUGUGUGGAUGCAAUUAUGGGAGUUGCCAUGUCCUGCACUGCAGAUAAUCCAGAUGAUCGCAUUGGCAUUAGAGCUGCUUUUCACCAGCUAAAAGCUGCUAGGGACAACUCUCUUAUGAAAAAAAUCUGAUAUCAGGACAGGAGUCCUACUAGUCCUAAUGAUAUUAAGACUUAAGAGUCCUACUAAAAUCUAUUUGAUAAAUAAUGCAAGAGUUGAAGUUUGUGGUCAGGGGUUGAAAUGAAACAUAGCCAAAUAAUGUAUAAUAGACCAAAUAAGUACUCUUGUUAUUAUAUAUGGAAAAAAUUGAUAUGCAUUUGUACCACUACCUUUAGAUAGUAUGGUUAACAUGUGUCUCAUACAAUAAAGGCAAAUUCAUAGAAAUCAAACCAAUACUGUUAAAA